GGCUCCUCCGAAAGGCCAAUGGUAGACAGCGGACUGUGACGCCCCGUACAUGGCGGCUGAGAUCGGCCAGCCCUGGGACGUGUCUGGCUGUCGGGUAACUUCGGUCAGUUCUGGGCCAGAGAAGCAGCUGUUUCAGUAGUGUUUGUACCCGACUCAGCGCAGCCUGCCCUUGGGUAGAACGAUCGUCUUGACCAUGGCUUAUCACUCGGGAUUCGGAGCCCACGGUUCCAAGCACAGGACCCGGGCAGCUCCAGAUCCUCCUCCACUCUUCGAUGAUACAAGUGGUGGCUAUUCCAGCCAACCGGGUGGAUACCCAGCCCCAGGAGCUGAUGUAGCCUUCAAUGUCAACAACCUGCUUGGAGACCCAAUGGCCAAUAUGGCUAUGGCCUAUGGCAGCUCCAUAGCAUCCCAAGGGAAGGACAUAGUGCACAAAGAGCUGCACCGCUUUGUCUCUGUGAACAAACUCAAGUAUUUUUUUGCUGUGGACACAGCCUAUGUAGCCAGGAAGCUAGGACUGUUGGUCUUCCCCUACACACAUCAGAACUGGAAAAUGCAAUACAGUCAUGAUGUGCCUCUGCCUCCACGGAAAGACCUCAACGCUCCUGACCUCUAUAUCCCCACCAUGGCCUUCAUCACAUAUGUGCUGCUGGCUGGGAUGGCACUGGGCAUUCAGAAAAGGUUCUCCCCAGAGGUGCUGGGCCUGUGUGCGAGCACAGCACUGGUAUGGGUGUUCAUGGAGGUGCUGGCCCUGCUUCUCGGCCUCUACCUGGCCACCGUACGCAGCGAACUGAGUACCUUCCACCUCUUGGCCUACAGCGGCUACAAAUACGUGGGGAUGAUCCUCAGUGUGCUCACAGGGCUGCUCUUCGGCAGCGACGGCUACUACGUGGCCCUGGCCUGGACAUCAUCCGCGCUUAUGUACUUCAUUGUGCGUUCUUUGCGGACUGCAGCCUUGGGCCCUGACAGUAUGGGGAGCCCAGCCUCUCAGCAGCGUCUCCAGCUCUACCUGACUCUGGGAGCUGCUGCCUUCCAGCCCCUCAUCAUAUACUGGCUGACCUUCCACCUGGUCCGGUGAUCCCGGGUCACAGGUGGCACUGAUUUUUUCCAUACAUUGAAGAUUUGGUUUCCUUGA